AUGCCUCCCGCCGACUUCUGGGACGAAGAUGAGGAGUUCUACUCCCACACAGAUCGCAUCAGCAGUGCAGCUCGCCAUGUUCGCCCUCCCCGCCGUGCCCGUGACGAUAAUUACGGGCGUCGCAGUGAUUUCUUGACGCCUGAGCAUGUAACCUACACCACUGGUCUGCACCGCACCCGCUCUCAGGGUCACUCUCCCGCCCCCAAUAUCAACAUCUAUGCGACCAGUCGCUUGGAAAAUGAAAGCAGCCCCAAGGUCCACACUGAACAGAAGAGCCGUGACCCAAGCCCGAACCCCCGCGGGCGUCCUAUGAGAAUGCAAGAGGAGUGGGCUCUCGAGGACCAGCUUGCAGAGAUCAGAAUGGAGCUCGCAAAGACCAGGCGCUCUCGGUCGCGCUCUGCACACUACCACCGCGACGAAUCGCCUGCUCGUCAACCGGCCCACAAUGCUGAGUACGACCGUUGGCAGUUACAACAGGCCAACGAGCGACUCAAGGAGGCCGACGAGAGGGCUGCACUGGAACGACGCGAGGAUUCUCUGAGGAAGAAGCUCGAGCUUAAGUAUCUGAAGGAGAAACUGGAGCGCGAGGAGGAAGACCAUCAAGCCAAGUCGGAGCACGACCGUAUCGUGAAGGAAAUGGAAUUGAAAUACGAGAGAGAGGAGCGAGAGCGCUCUCGACGUGCUAAGGAAGCAGAAGAAGAGCGCAAGCGUAUCAUUGCGGAGAACACUGCAAAGAUCGAGAGGGCGAAGCGUGAGGAGGAGGAUGAGCGCGAGCGCAUAAUCGCGGAGAACACCUUGAAGACGGAAAGAGAAGCACGCGAGCGCAAGGCAGCCCAACAGGCCGCUGUCGAUGCUUUCAACAAGAAGAGGGCAGAGGAAGAGGCCGAGGCCAAGGCAGCCCAGCUAGCCGCCGUCGAUGCUUUCAACAAGAAAAAGGCAGAAGACGAAAAGAAUGCCAAAGAAGAACGCGAACGGAUUGUUGCGGAGUACGAGCGCAAGAAGUUCCUCGAUGAGGAGCAAGCCAAGCGUGAGCGCGAAAGGGUCAUAAUGGAGCUUCGAAUCGAGGAGGAGAAGCAGAAGGCUAAGGAAAAGGAAGAAUAUGAACGUUUCUUGCACAAACAGAAAAUGAUAGAAGAAGAGGAAAAGGCCAAGAAGAAGAAGCACGAAGACGAGUUGGCUGAUGCGAUGCACAAGAAGCUCUCCCAGUUCGGGUUCCAGGACAACCAGAUUCAAGCCAUGAUCAGGUCUGACGACGUUGCCAGAAUCCAGCAACAACAACAACCAAUACAGCAGCAACUACAGCCAGGAUCAUUGCCGGUGGCCCCACUCAGACUGACCCAUCAGCCUACCUACGUCAAAGUACACAAAGAGCACUUGGCUGUUGAUACGCUACACUACUACGAAAUACCUUAUGAAGUCGACAAGGUCGAUCCUAACUACCUCAUCAUUCUACGCGAGAUGGACACAAGAGAGACCGAGGUCCUCUUUGAGCACACACGCCGCCUUCGAAGCCGGGGCACCAGCCGUCUUCUCAUCGAGGAACAGCGCCGCGACCACCAUGACAGACCAGAGUACGCCUGGGUACGACGAAGAGCCCCAUCUCGGUCGCCUUCACGACGACGAAGCUCACCAAAGCGAGUGGUGGGUAUCAGCGACAUGUUCCUACGCUAG